CAGUCUCUCAAGCAGCAACCUUGUCAGAUUUCGGUAUUUGAAUUUCUCACAGUCUCACAGUCUCACAGUCUACUACUAGUGCAACAAAGAAGAAAUUUAACCCUGAAAUUUCAGGAGAGAGAAAAAUCAAUCAAGCUAGAAAGUCCGCCAUUAAUGGCCGCCUCUCCUUUUUUUUGUACUUUCUAUCGUUUAGCUUAGCUUCCUGUUGUUUGAUUUUCUUCCUUUUUGGUUCUUUCUAGCUAUUUACUUUUUUUUUCUCUCUCCUAAUUAUUUCGUUAUUUUUUCUCUUGAGUGAGGAUCUACUUAGAUUCUGCGAAUUUAGUCUUUUUCGCAGCUUCCAAUUUUUGAAUUUGAAUUUGUUUUUGCUAGAAUUUGUUUUUGCUUUGCACCUUUUUACCAAAAAAAUUAAUGUAGAAAAUUAGGGGAAAAAGGGAGUGAAAAAAACAGUUUAAAUGACUGAAAAUGGACAGAUUUCGGCGAAGAAGAGCGCAUUCUAGGGUUUCGUCGCCUUCGGCUAAUGUUACCACCAUUGUUGUUGAUCAAGGAAGCCAGCUAGUUGGAAAACAGAAUAGGUUGCCAAAUUCGGGUUCUCAUUCGCGUACUUAUAGUAGCACUGCAACUUCGGAGCUGUCAUUUGAUUUGGGAGGAAGCAGCGGAGAGCUGUCAACUGGUAUCACAAUGAAGAAGUUAUUGGCAGAUGAAAUGUCUAAGGAAACCGAAUCUGGAAGGCGGUCACCAAGCAUUAUUGCUAGGUUGAUGGGUCUUGAUGGGCUGCCUACUCCACACAAUACUAACAAAAAGCAGAAGAAACAGUCUGAUAGUCAUCAACGGGGUUCUGGUUCAGCUGGGUUUCCUAAAGAUGGCAGACUUCAUGACAGCCGGUCACAUAGGAAGAAUGUUAUGGGGCAACAGAAGUUUAAAGAUGUGUAUGAAGUUAUAGACCGAUCAAAUAUGGAAAUUGUGGACAGAUCAAAUAUGGAAACCAGAAGCAACACUUCCCAUGCAGCUUCCAAUCGAAAUCCCACUGAGGAUGAGAUUGGCUUCAUAAGGCGGAAGUUCAUGGAUGUCAAACGUUUCUCUACUGAUGAAAAACUGCAGCAUUCAAAGGAGUAUUAUGAUGCACUUGAUGUGCUUGAUUCUAAUAAAGAUCUUUUGUUGAAAAUUUUUCAGGAGCCCAAUUCGUUGUUUUCAAAGCAUCUUCAUGAUCUGCACGAUUCUCCUGAUUCUUAUAACGGUUGUGUGCUGGGUAUGAACUCAAAGAAUGCUUUGAAGUGUAAUAUUGAUGCCAUAGGGUGUCAGGCAACUGGUGAAGCGUCUCAGAAGAUUGAUAUUAGACAUUCUCAUAAACGUUCGACUAGCUGUAACUGUAACAUAUACAAUACACAUAGUACAGAUUUGCAUAAAUUAAGUUUCUCAGGAGGUAAUGAGGAUUCUCUUUCAAAUCCCACAAAGAUUGUGGUUUUGAAGCCUAAUCUUGGCAAAUCUCUCAAAAGCACUAAAUCUGCAUUCUCCACCAGCCCUUGUGAGCCACAGUCCGAUUUCGAGAUGUAUAAUGAGUGCUCGAACCUAAAGCAUCUUGGACCUGAGGUGAGGGGUAAGGGAAACAAACAAGAUGAUAUUGAUAUUUAUGGGAGAAGAUCUCGGGAAUCUAGAGAGCUAGCCAGGGAAAUAACUCGCCGAAUGAGAAAUAUAGGAGUAGAUUCCUUUAAUGUUUCAUCAUCUGCGUAUAAUGGAUAUAAAGGAUAUUCUGCUGAUGAAAGUUCACAUGAUACAUCAGAAAAUGAUUCAUCUGAUGAAUCAGAGACGACCUUCUUAAGUUCCCGGACUUCCUCUAACAGGACUGCACGUAACAAAGCUUCAUCAUUACGUUACAUGGAGUCAUCUGUCAAUAUGGAGGCCAAGAAGAGACUUUCUGAGAGAUGGAAAAUGACUCACAGGUCUCAAGAGCAAGUGGAGUCUAAUAAAGGCAGCACACUGGCUGAUAUGCUUGCUAUCCCUGAUGUGGACAUAAGGCCACGGAGGCCUGACAUUGUGGUUCCACGAGAUGAGUGUUUACGCACAUCUGGGAGGAAUGAUAGAAGUGUAAAACUUACUGCUCCUUUGGGUAUUAGCAGUAGGGAUGGUUGGAAAGAUGGAUGUGUUCAGAAUCUAUCUAGGUCGAGGUCUCUUCCAUCUUCUGUUAAUAACCUUGGAAGUCCUAAAUCCAACUCAAGGCAUGAAGCAAUCACCGCAGAAAGAUUUCUGAUACGAAAAGAAAGUGUUGAUCAUGCUAGAAACAAGGCUAUUAGGAGGAACUCAAGAAGAAAGGGUGCAUCUUUUUCAGAAUAUAGGAAACCUACCGAUGAGAAAUUUGAGUCCUGUGAUGUAAGGGUAGAAAUGGUUGAUGAUACGCAUGAAGUACAAUCCAAUCGGAACGUGAUGAAGAAUACCAUUGACGGGAAAGAUUCACCCGACGUAAAAGCCGUGAUUCUAGAAUUGCCAUCUUGUAGAUAUGAUACAAGUCUAGCCCUUAGUGCCCAAGUGGAACAGGAAAACAACAAUGUUUAUGAUGAAUCUGCUACUGCAUCAGAGAUUUCACCCUAUAAUUUACCAGACGAUGGUUGCUCUACAAGUGAUGUGCCAUCUGUGCCACAGGUUGGAAAUUCAUCUUAUUUGCAAUGCGCUGCAUCUCAUGCAGAAUCUCCUGCAAGCAGCAAGGAGCCCGAGCAACCUAGUCCUAUUUCAGUUUUGGAAGCUCCUUUUGUUGAAGAUGUUUCAUCUGGUUCAGAGUGUUUUGAGAGAGUCAGUGCUGAACUUCAUGGCUUGAGAAAACAACUUCAGCUUCUUAAGCUGGAAUCUGAAGUUUAUGACGAAGGCUCUGUCAUAGUUUCAAGUGAUGAAUAUGGGGAGGAUCCAACCGAGUUGCAUGAUGGCAAACACUUUCCUCAAGUGGGAGAGGGAGAAUGCUGGGAGUCUUGGUAUUUGGUAGAUGUGUUGACCCUCUCUGGCCUUGACAAAACCGAUUGUGAGUUGUUUCUCGAAACAUGCUACUCAACAGAUUGUCCUAUCGACCCUUGGGUGUUUGAAGAUCUAGAGAAGAGGUACGGUGAACUAGAGUCAUGUUCAAGAUCAGAGCGAAUACUGCUGUUUGACCAUAUAAGUACCCGAACUUCAGAAAUCUAUCAGCAAUUUGAAGAUUUGGAGCCAUGGUCAAAGACGUCAAGAAAUAAUAUUGGUCCGCGGUGGUUGAAAGAUGUACUUAAAACAGAGCUUCAUAAAAUGCUCGAGAAGCACGAAAACAAGGUAGCAGAGAAUGCCAUUGACAUGGUUAUACUCAGUGAGAUGAGGUGGACACAGCUUGGAGAGAACAUCAGUGUUGUAGGAAGGGAUAUUGAAGCAUUGUUGAUAAAUGAGCUAAUAGCAGAAACCCUCAUAGUGUAGAGAGGUCUCGUAUCUGAUUUAAUGUAUAUGUGUAUGAACUGAUUGAUCAGUUCAGUAGAGGAUAAUAAGCUGUUGAAAAUCUUUAGGUUAAAAUUUUAAGAAAUAAGAAUUAGAAUGAUGGAUCAACUUAUGAGCUACGAGUAUAUUAAUCAUAGUGUUAAUGUUAUUCAUUCCUGUCA